AUGUCCAAUAGAGAUGUACCUCAAUAUUAUUGCUAUUAUAAAGUGGCCAUUUCAGAUGAUCCAAAUAAUUCAUAAUUGAGAAUAUUAAUAUCAGGAUUUUUAAUACUAAAUUUAAAAAUUAUUUGUUCAUAUUGA